GAUCUGGAGCAAUGUACAACCUGUUGGCUUAUACAAAUAAAGUAGCCUGAUAAGACGUGAUUCAUUCAGGUUCUGUUGACCAGAGGAAAAGAUGCAUAUGAAAGAGCUUUUUUUCACUAUCAUCAUGCUAAUGAAAGCAUGUGGCCCCCUUUCUGCCCAGACUACAGCUGCCCCUCCACAACCUGACCCCCCAGGAAUCCUGCAGAGGCUGGCAGAGAAAGCCAGGGCAGCCAAAGCUAAAGUCCAGGGUUUUGGGGAACAAGCACUGGGCUUUGCUGGUGCUUACUAUGAAGACCACAUCCAACCAGUCACUGACAGAUACUUUGGAUGGGCCUUCAGCGUGAAGAGCUCUGUGUUGGAAAAUAUCCAGACGACCAUGGAUAACUACAAUCCACUGAAGGCAACAACACCAGCCGAUCAACUGCCUGUAAACUGAAGAAAAGAUGAUAAUCAAAAUAAAUGUUCCUAACUCA